AUGGAAUUGAAACAAAUAAAUAAGUUUACCGAAGAAUAUAAAUUAGAAAAGACUGAUAAACUUAUUAAAUAUCUUAUUAUUUUGGGUAUAAGUGUUGCCAAACAAUAACUAAAUGAUAUCACUUAAGAUGGAAUCAAAUUAUUAGCUAGUAUAUUUAAUUGUUAAAUUAGAUGCAUAUAAAGAAAAGUCUAUCCAAUAAGAAAUUAAAAGCUUACGCAAGAAAGUACUAUCAUUGGAAAAGCAUUUUUAACCAGAACAAUAAAUCAAAUAUCAUAGUCAACCUAAAUUACCUACGAAAAUAACUCCUAAAAUUACAGAACAAAUACCAAUCUAAUAGAAUGUCAAAAAAGCCAUACCAUUCAAACAUCACUUGGAUGAUUCAGAAAUGUAAUAUUCAAUAUAGUAAUUGUUAGUAAAUCAAUAUUAUGGAAUUAAUACAAUAGCAAUGAUGAUCCAAUUUAAGAAAAAAAAGAUUCAUAACAUUAUCCUAAAAGAAAACAAACAUUUGAUUCACAACCAAUUAUUCCUUAAUAUCUACCUAGAAAUGAUUCAUAGAAUGAAAUUUAACCAUUAUCAUAAAGAGAAAAUAGUGCUCGAGAAUAAACAUAGCGAUCUUCAUAUCAUUCUAGUCAGGUCGAAAGUUUACGCAGUCUACAUAGUCUUCAUAGUCGAAACUCGCCUUAAUUUAAAGAUGAGAAUAUGAAAAUACAUAAGGAGAAUAAGACUCCUCAAGGAAGUGCUGUACCAAAACAUCUUAGAUAAGUGCAAUCAAAAAUUAAGCAACAAAUACUAUAAGAUAAAGAAUAAUAUAGAUCAAAUCAUGUUCAAAAAGUAGAUGACCAAUGCAUUAAUAUAAAUAAUUCUUUGAAUCCACUUAAUAACACUCCGUAAAAUAAAUUGUUCUAACCUUGUCAAUCUACUCAUUUUGGUAGUGUGUAAGUAGGCAGCGCAUAGCAACAAUAAAGUCACCCUUAGGAAUCAAAUGCUAUAACAGAAAGAAAAUUAUUUAAUAUUGAUGAGAUUGCUUCAUCAUUUUUAAAUUCUCCUUUCCUCAAAAGCUAGAUUAAAUAAAGACUAUUUAAUAAGUAAGAAUCGGCUAAUAAAUCAUCUGCAUCAAGCACUUUCUCAUUGUUCAAUCCAAACAAUGAACUUAAAAGUAUUAUUAUUUAUUAUAAUAUAGAUUUCUUUUAAUAGUUAGAUAAGUAAGUGGUUAACUAGUUAUCUUUUUAAUUUUGA